AAACGAGGAUCAUCCAAUGGUGAAAUGGCGCUCGACACUGCUAUUUUGCACACUUGUAUUAUUUCGCGCGUUAGCCUGUAAAGUGGUGAGUGGUGACUGACAUGUGUGAAACCGUAUCGUAGGGCAGCCGCCAUUCGGUGAGUGCUUGUACUUACCUCGUCGGAGGCAAUAUGUACCUCAUGGCUCUUGCAACUUGAUGGACGACGCGUUUCGGUAUUCCCAAUCCCAGUCCUACGGACAAGUUUUUUGGUUUCUGCCUUUCUGGUUUGUGUAGUUUAAUUGCACCUCCUUUAACUUGUCACACUGCAGGACAUCUCCCGUCAACUUUUGAUGAAGUUUUGCAGCAGGAUGAUUGCGGAUGCUGUGUUAAUCAUCGUCGUUUCCUUCAUCGCUUCGGCUAUCGGCGAAGGGCUGACAUGGCUGCUAGUGUACCGGACCGACAGAUACAAGAAGCUGAAAGCGGAAAUCGAUCGCCAAGUCAAAAAGGUUGAGAAGAAGAAAAAGGAAGAAACCGCUGUUUCGCGCAAUAAGAAAAAGAUGUUGGACCGGGAAGAGGGAAAACUAAAGCACAACAAUCGCGAGUUGUCCAUGGUGAAGAUGAAAUCGAUUUUCGCCAUCGGUGUGGCUUUUUCAGCGAUGUUGAGCAUAUUUAGUGCUUUGUUCGAAGGAAAAGUGGUAGCAAAGUUGCCUUUUAUACCUUUUGGGCUUUUUCAAGGCCUUUCUCAUCGGAACCUGCUUGGAUCAGAUUAUACUGAUUGCUCCUACUUAUUUUUAUAUAUCUUAUGCACUAUGUCAAUUCGCCAGAAUUUGCAAAAGAUCCUCGGUUUCGCUCCUGCUAGAUCAAGCAACCAGAACGCAGGCUUUUUUACCCCUCCGACGACGAAAUAAUAUAAAAAUUAUAUUUCAGCUGAUUAUUGAAUGUAUUUACUAUUUUUGCCCAUUAGCCACACGCAUAAAAUUCCCAUGGUCUGUGGUCACUGAUUUUCUAAUAAUUUUUAUUAGUCCGAGCUGCUCAGAAUUGACCAUUAAUCUUUUCCGACUACUUCGGUUUUGAAGUAUUAAAAUGUUACAUUCUGUUAGUAGCCGUACAGAUUUCUGCUUGUGAACUGACCGAAAGAGCGAAUAAUGAACGAAGAG